AUGGAGGUCUCCGGGAGGAAGGGGCCGGCGCGCCCCCGCCGCCUGGCCGCCCGGCCCCUGCCGCCCCUGCCGCUGCUGCUGCCCCUAGCCGCGCUGCUGCUCGCCCCGCGGGCGCCCGCCCUGGCCGCGCCGGAGGGAGCGCCCCCGUGGCGCUCGGAGCAAGCCAUCGGGGCCCUGGCGGCCAGCCGCAAGAACGGCGUGUUCGUGGCCAGCGGCAGCUGCCUUCACCAGCUGGACCACACGCUCCAGAGGCAGCUCUCCCGCUUGCACCAGGGCCAGCCGGGCAACUGCUCCGAACCCGUGGCGCUGGCGCCCCCCGCGCGGCCCCGACCGGCCAGCAGCUUCAGCAAGCUGCUGCUGCCCUACCGCGAGGGGGCGGGCGCCGGCCAGGACCAGGGGCUGCUGCUCACCGGCUGGACCUUCCACCGCGGCGGCUGCGAGGUGCGGCCCCUGGCCAGCCUCAACCUCAGCAGGCUGCUCAGAAGCCCCGAGGUGGUGUCGUGCCACCCGCAGGGCUCGACGGCCGGCGUGGUGUACCAGGCGCCCGAGGACCGGCGCUGGUACCUGGCGGUGGCAGCCACCUACGUGCUACCCGAGUCCGAGGCGCUCAGCAAGUGCAGCCCGGCGGCGUCGGACCUGGACACAGCCAUCACGCUGCAGGACACGGAGAAGCUGUUCACCGAGGAGGACGGGCAGCUGAAACUGCAGGCGGGGGCCGGCACCCUGCACUUCGUGGACGCCUUCCUUUGGAACGGCAGCGUCUAUUUCCCCUACUACCCCUACAACUACACGAGCGGCGCCGCCCCCCGCGCGCCCGCCAUGGCCCGCAUCGCGCAGAGCACCCGAGUGGACUUCCAGGGCCAGGUGGCCCUGGACUGCAGCCGCGGCCACCCCGACGGCCGCCGCCUGCUGCUCUCCUCCAGCCUCCUGGAGCCCCUCGGCCUCUGGGCCGGGGUCUUCAGCGCCGCCGUCGGCCCGGAGCCAGGCGCCCAGCGCUCGCCGGCCACCACCGCGCUCUGCCUCUUUCGGAUGAGCGAGAUCCAGGCGAGAGCGCGGACCUGCAGCUCGGACUUCCAAACCUCGGACAACCAGAACUGUGGGAAAGACACAGAACCAAAUGCAGUCCAACCGAUUGAGUCCUCGACAUUAAUUCAUUCGGAUUUGACAUCUGUUUAUGCUACUGUAGUCCUGAACAGGACAGUUCUGUUCUUAGGAACUGGAGAUGGCCAGUUACUCAAGGUUAUUCUUGGUGAGAAUUUGACUUCCAAUUGCCCUGAAGUUAUCUAUGAAAUUAAAGAAGAAACACCUGUUUUCCACAAACUUGUUCCUGACCCAGAGAAUAAUACCUACAUCUACCUAGCAUCUGGGAAAGAGAUUAGAAGAAUUCCCAUGGCCAAUUGCAACAAUCAUCAAUCCUGUACAGCGUGUCUGACAGCAAUGGAUCCCCACUGUGGUUGGUGUCAUUCUCUCCAAAGGUGUACUUUUCAAGAUGAUUGUAAACAAGUCGGUAACGUUCAGACCUGGCUGGACAUUUCAUCUGGAGCUGUAAAGUGUCCUAAGAUCCAGAUUGCUCGAAGCAGCUACUAUCAGACUUCAGUGUCCGUGUUGGGAAGCUUCUCCACAAAAUACUCAUGGUGUUCGGUGAAGAAUGCAGGUACCAAUAAGGAACUUUGCAAACCUAAAAACCAGCCCCAUGGGACCUGUUCCUGUAAUAUAAAAACCACCAAAACAAUGGACAAAGAUCUCUUAGCUAUCAGUGUAUCCUUCAUUUCUGACUCCUGGAAUUUAACAGAAAAACUCAACUUCACCAAUUGCUCAUCUUUAAGAGAAUGCUCAGUCUGUGUUGGUGCGACCUGUGCUUGGUGUGAAAAUGAGAAAAAAUGCAUCCAUCCCUUCACAGCCUGUGACCCUACAGACUACAGGAAAAACCAGAAUGUCUGUCAAGCAUCCAGAAGAUCCCCUCUUUCAAGAGGAGGAGGAUUCCAGACCAAGAGGAAUGCCAAAAUAAACCAGGACUCGCAGGUCUUCUCCAUCCAUUCCAUAACGCCACAGAAAGUAUCGACCCUGGGAAAAAGUGACAUGAUUGUCACCGGAGCCAACUUUACACAAGCAUCUAACAUCUCCAUGAUACUGCAAGGAACCAGCACUUGUGACCAAGAUGUAAUCCAUGUUCACCAGGUGCUGAACGACACACAUAUGAAAUUCUCUCUCCCGUCGAGCCGGAAGGAAAUGAAGGAUGUUUGUAUCCAGUUUGAUGGUGGCGAUUGCUUUCCGGCUGGGACACUGUCUUUUGUUGCGCUGCCUUGGUGUUCUGUCAUAUUCCCAGCCACCACGUGGGUCAGUGGCGGUCAAAAUAUAACCAUAGAGGGCCAGAAUUUUGAUGUAAUUGACAGUUUAAUUAUUUCCCAUGAAGUAAAAGGAGAUUUCAGUGUCUUUCAACGUUGUACGAAGACACAGUGCAAUUUUUUGGCUCCCAAUUUAAAGUCUUCUAAAGGCCGUCCAAAUGUUAAUGUGAAAAUGAAAGUACAGGAUGUUCUCCUAGACUGCAACACUUUGCAGUAUCUCGAUGACCCCCAAUUUACCGGCUAUCGUGUAGACUUUUUGGGGGUUAAAGAAUUGGAAGUAAAAAUCCAAAAAGAAAAUGACAACUUCAACAUUUCCAAGCAAGACAUUGAGAUGACUCUUUUCUAUGGGGAAAAUGAUCAGAGAAACUGCAACUUUGAAAAUAUUACCAGGGGUCAAGAUCUUACCACCAUCCUUUGCAAAAUUAUAGUUCCAGACGAAAAUGGUGAAAAUAACAACCUUGCAUCACCUAAGAAAGUUCGGGUCAAAUUGGGAAACUUGGAACUCUAUGUGGACCAGGAGUCCGUCCCAUCUACUUGGUACUUUCUCAUUGUCCUUCCUGUCCUCUUGGUAACUGUCAUUUUUGUUGCAGUCGUUGUCACCAGGUACAAAUCCAAGGAACUGAGUCGCAAGCAGAGCCAACAGCUGGAACUCCUGGAAAGCGAGCUCCGCAAAGAGAUCCGUGACGGAUUUGCCGAGCUGCAGAUGGAUAAAUUGGAUGUGGUGGAUAGCUUUGGCACGGUUCCCUUUCUGGACUACAAACACUUUGCUCUGAGAACUUUCUUCCCUGAGUCAGGUGGCUUCACCCACAUCUUCACUGAAGACAUGCACAGUCGAGACCCGGGAGACAAGAAUGAAAGCCUUGCUGCUUUAGAUGCAUUAAUCUGCAACAGAAGUUUUCUUGUUACCGUUAUUCAUACUCUUGAAAAGCAGAAGAGUUUUUCCGUGAAAGACAGGUGUUUGUUUGCUUCAUUCCUGACCAUCGCCCUCCAGACCAAGCUCGUCUACCUGACCAGUAUCCUUGAGGUCCUGACCCGGGACCUCAUGGAACAGUCGAGUAACAUGCAGCCCAAGUUGAUGCUCCGACGGACUGAGUCUGUUGUUGAAAAGCUCCUCACAAAUUGGAUGUCUGUUUGCCUCUCUGGCUUUCUCCGGGAGACUGUGGGAGAGCCCUUCUAUUUGCUCGUGACAACUCUAAACCAGAAAAUAAACAAAGGUCCCGUGGAUGUCAUAACUUCCAAAGCCCUCUACACCCUUAAUGAGGACUGGCUCCUGUGGCAAGUGCCCGAAUUCAACACUGUGGCACUCAAUGCUGUGUUUGAAAAAAUCCCAGAGAAUGAGAGCGCUGAUGUCUGUCGGAGUAUUGCUGUCAACGUCCUAGACUGUGAUACUAUCGGACAAGCCAAGGAGAAGAUCUUCCAAGCGUUUUUAAGCAAGAACGGCUCUCUCUAUGGGCUCCAGAUCAAUGAAAUUGGCCUGGAGCUUCAGCUGGGCACACGGCAGAAAGAACUCUUAGACAUAGAUAGCUCUUCCGUGAUUCUGGAGGAUGGAAUAACCAAGCUAAAUACCAUCGGUCAUUAUGAGAUUUCAAAUGGAUCUACCAUCAAUGUUUUCAAGAAGCUGUCAAACUUCACAUCAGAUGUGGAAUACUCUGAACAUCACUGUCAUUUGAUUUUACCAGACUCGGAAGCAUUCCAGGAUGUCCAAGGCAAGAGACAUCGAGGGAAGCACAAGUUUAAAGUAAAGGAAAUGUAUUUAACAAAGCUGCUGUCAACCAAGGUGGCCAUUCACUCUGUCUUAGAAAAGCUUUUCCGAAGCAUCUGGAGUUUGCCCAACAGCAAAGCCCCGUUUGCCAUCAAAUACUUCUUUGAUUUUUUGGAUGCCCAGGCUGAGAAUAAAAAAAUCACAGAUCCUGAUGUCGUACAUAUUUGGAAAACAAACAGUCUUCCUCUUCGUUUCUGGGUCAACAUCCUGAAGAACCCUCAGUUCGUCUUUGAUAUCAAGAAGACGCCACACAUAGACAGCUGUUUGUCAGUAAUUGCCCAGGCUUUCAUGGAUGCAUUUUCUCUUGCAGAACAACAAUUGGGGAAGGAGGCACCAACUAACAAACUUCUUUAUGCCAAGGAUAUUCCAAAUUACAAAGAGGAAGUGAAAGCUUAUUAUAAAGCAAUCAGGGAUUUGCCUCCAUUGUCGUCUUUGGAAAUGGAAGAAUUUUUAACUCAGGAAUCUAAGAAACAUGAAAAUGAAUUUAAUGAAGAAGUGGCCUUGACAGAAAUCUACAAAUACAUCGUAAAAUAUUUUGAUGAGAUUCUAAAUAAACUAGAAAAAGAACGAGGGCUAGAAGAUGCCCAGAAGCAGCUCUUACACGUAAAAGUCCUAUUUGAUGAGAAGAAGAAAUGCAAGUGGGUGUGAACAUCACGUUGUGGCCUGGCUUAAGAUGGUGAAAUUCUUCCGACAGCUUGGAACAAAACGGUGGCUCGAGCUACGUUGGCGCCUUUAAAAAAAAGUUUGCACAUAGAUUCCUGGAAUCUUUCAUAGGAGACCAAGGCACAUGCACAACUUUUAGAGAAGCUGACCAGCCAUCGUGCCUGUUGUAAAUACUGUGGAGACCCUUAUGUAAAUAUAGAUGUCGUGGUGGUUGUAAACAGCCUCCUCGUUUACAGAGAAUACAGGGCCAGUAAGCGAGUGUCAGUAUUAUUGUAACUACAGUUUCCACUUAAGCACAAUGAUUCAAGUGGUUUUGUCUCAAAACUACAGCUAUGUAGCACUUGUGACGACACUGAAAUCCAACAGUAAAAGGAUGCCACCGAUGCCGAACACAAAAUGUGAAAUGUGGAGGGAUCUCCCGUCCCCAGUAAGGUGUGGGUGGCGGGUUAUUGGGGCAACCUUGAGGACUUGCAGUGUCGAAGCUCGUCCCCAGUAGUUCUUGGAAAAGGUGACUGCAAAAUGUGGUGGUGUGUACACUUAGCAUUUGUGUGUGUGUUUUUUAAACCAAAAACUUAACAGUGUGGCAACAUUGUUGAAAGGGCUCGUGUUUUUCGGUAGUCACCAACUGCAUUCCAUCAGACUCACCUGUAUUUCACCAGUGGCCUAAAGCAAGUGCUUUGGUUUGUCUGGAUGCAGUGGCCAUUUGCCAUGGCACUGUGUUUUCUGCCUUGUGUUGCAUACUUGUUUUUAUUCAGAAGUACCAAACGUACUUGACGGUGAACGUGUUUGCUGAGAACUUCCACUUUUUUUUUUUUUAAAACUCUCCUCAUUGACAUCUGUUGUUUCUGUGCGCAAAUUUAGCACAAGAAUUCGAUCAGAGCUCUCCUGGGUAGAGUGCUUCAUGUGUCCGUCCCACCAUCUCUAGCCUAUCACUUCCCCACAUCCUCUUUGCUUUAGGUCUCAGGUGAAAUCAAUGGGUAUUCACACCUGUAAGUGUGUGGUAAGAUGAUGAUACAUUUUACAUUACAUUACAUGAAAUUGCUGUACACACUGGAGUAUUAUAUCUAUAUAAAGGCCCGAGGCCUGAAAGGUAUUAGUAUACAGCUUGGUAUCUUUGUCUUAUUAUGUAUUUUUAAAAAGUAUUCCUCAAAGGAAAAAGUCCAAAAAAAAAUACCCAUUUUCAUUCAUGCCUUCGUUCAAAUGAUCCCUUUCUAGUGAUACUGUAAUCUUUUAUUCCUGGUUUUGUAUCCUGGAUUUUUGCUGCUCACGACCAAGUUCAAUACCACUGUGUUUUCCUUAUAGCAGAAAAACUAAAUUGUCAUCACUGUCAACCUUUCUUGUGGCACCUCACCUUCUCGGCUGAGGUUCAGAAUUCCCAGUUCCAGCCUAGGAUAUUUCCCUCCAAGUCAAUGAUCCCAUGCCCCUUUUAGAAGGACUUGCCAACACUGUAGUUAACAUCAGGUUUAAAAUUUGCAUUUCAUCUUAGAUGAAUGCAAGUGUCUCUUUCCCUCUCUCCUCCCACUCAGUAUCUGAUGGAAUGAGAAGGGUCAAACACCCAAACAACGAGCAAGGAGAAUAGUAAAUGCCCUAAACAGGCACUUUUCCUGAUUCCCAUAGCUUUUGACCAUUGUCUGUCCUAUGGACACACCUCAAAGAUACUACCAAAAAGUCUCCCCCAUAGGUGUAAAAGGUGAGAGGACGGGUCCCAAAAUAAAGCUGCUACCAUUUGGAAAGAAACAUGGCGGAGUUUCUGAAGGAAGGAGUAGGUAUGGCAAUCAAUGGUAGAAGAGAGAGCUUUCCCAAAAGAUGGCCCUCCUUUAGGGUGUAGAAGACUUGACUACGGAAAGGGUGAGAACUCAUGAUCAGCUGUGGCUUUAUCAUAGCAUUUGCUGAAUAAGACUUUUUAGGGUUUCCCCCCCUCAAACCCUUUGGCACACAAGUAUUGCAAGGGUUGGGUUAGCUCUUCCAGUGACUGUGCUGGUAGGAACUUUGGGCAAACUGUUUACCUCUUCGUGCCUCAAUUUCUGGAAAAUCUUUCUAAGCUACCUCACAGAGGUGGUGUGAAGACUCACUGAUGUUCGUAGAGUGCUCGUCUAUUCUCCCAUGGAAAGCAUGAUCUGAAGCAGCUUUUUGGAGCACACUAGCCCAAGGCAGUGAAUGGCCUGAUCAGACGUGCUGAAGACAAUCAGUAACUGAGUCCAUAUUAAACAGCAGCCAGAGAAAACAACUGUCAAACAAUUUCUAUUGUUAACUUUAUUUUCUGAUUUGGGGUGAAGGUCAAUUUAUUUAUAAGCUUUCUUUUUUUCCUAACACUAGUGUCUACAGCAGCAUUUUAUGGUUAAUUCUGUUACUUUUUCAGUAUUAGGAUUUAAAAUCAAUUUCUUGUAUACAUGAUUGAAGCUGUUCUUGGAGAUGAAUGUUUUAAAUGUGUAUAUCCAAAAUAAACACUUUGAUGUAUCAAAGGC